ACCUCUAAAGCCAUGAUUUAAAUAUCUUGAAAAUUGCUUUAUUCCAAGAUCUUAAUAAUAUGAUGGAUAAGAUACAAGUAUUAAGACUGUACAAAGAUUUGUUACGUUACGGUCAGCAAUUACAACUCACUGAUAAAACCUACUUUUACAAAAGGAUAAAGAAGGAAUUCAAAAAUAAUAAAUCACUUAGUGAUCCAACGAAGGUGUCUUUUAACUAUCAGAAAGGAUUGUCUUUGCUUGAAAGGCAAGCUGUAAUAUAAAUAAACAUGUUGACUAGUGUAAAUAGAAUAUGCUUUACUUUUGUCCGU